AUGGCCACAGUCUUAAGAUUAGUGUUAUUGGUGAUUAUAUUCUGUGGGUCAGCACCUGGAGCGAGAACCCAAGAACUAGAUGUAAACCAGGAGGCUGGGUUGGCUCCAUUGCCCCAAGUAGCCAAUUAUGGUAUAUGCAAGUCAAUGGUGGAGAUACAUGGAUAUGUCUGCCAAGAACAUACUGUGACAACAGAAGAUGGUUAUAUACUCAGUCUGCAAAGAAUCCCAGCUGGACGGUCAUCAGGCGAUACACCUCAGGAGAGGAGACCUGUUUUGUUGCAGCAUGGCGUCCUCGUGGAUGGGGCAAUAUGGCUGCUCAAUCUUCCUCAUCAGUCUUUAGCAUUCAUCUUGGCUGAUGGCGGGUUUGAUGUGUGGAUUGCCAACAGUCGUGGAACAAAAUGGAGCCGUGGACAUACAUCCCUAAGUUCUGAUGACCCAGCAUACUGGGAUUGGUCCUGGGAUCAAUUUGUGGAAUAUGAUCUUCCUGCUACAUUUCAGUAUGUUCAUCACCAAACGGGAAAGAAGAUCUACUAUGUUGGUCAUUCCCAGGGAACCUUGAUUGCCUUGGCCUCAUUUUCCCAAGAAAAGUUGCUCAACUUACUAAAAUCUGCUGCUUUGCUGAGCCCAAUUGCAUACCUGGGUCAAGUGCCCUGCCCACUUGCCCGAAGUGCCGCUGAAGUCUUCAUUGCUGAAGUAAAUAUUCAGAUUAUUACAAACUUUUGGUUGGGUGUAGAUGAAUUCGAUCCAAAAGGGAAAGCCGUAGAUAAGCUUCUAAAAGCUAUCUGCAACAAACCGGGUAUCAACUGCUACAACUUAUUCACCUCUUUCACAGGCAAGAAUUGUUGUCUCAACUCCUCCACUGUCGAUUUUUUCCUUGAAUAUGAGCCUCAAUCAACAGCAACCAAGAACAUGAUCCACUUGGCACAGAUGAUUAGAGGUGGCAGUAUAACAAUGUAUGACUAUGGCGAUAAGGACAAAAACGUGAAGCACUAUGGACAGCCCACUCCCCCUGUAUACAACAUGUCUGGCAUUCCCAGUGACAUUCCUCUCUAUCUCAGCUAUGGAGGAAAGGAUAAGCUUUCAGAUGUUAAUGAUAUUCAGGCCUUAUUGUACAGCCUCAAGGACCAUGAUAGGGAUAAGCUUGUGGUUCAGUAUCAGGAAGACUACGCCCAUGCUGAUUUUGUUAUGGCCAUGAAUGCUAAACAAAUGGUCUAUGAUUCUCCCAUGGCCUUCUUCAGGCUUCAUUAA